AUGAACAAGAGAUUUACAGUACAAGAGAGGAAAACAGAACGUUCACGUAUCUUCGGGAGAGAACGAAAAGCUGGUCGGGUCUGGCGGGGGCGGGGAACGCCAGGGGUUGGUGGGAACAGAGGGGCUUCCGGUUCCCGGGAAGCGGAGUCCCGGGCCGGACGCGGGCUGCGCAGGGAGCACGGGGCCCUCGCCGCCCCCAGGCCGCGCUCCUUAGCGUUCCCUGCGGCUCGUGCCCAGCGCGGCCGCCGCAGUCCCGACGCCGUAGCCGGACGUGGGGUCCAGGGGGCGCUGUGGCCCAGCGGCGCCGGCGGCAGGAGCGGCCACCCGACGCUGGAGGCUUCGCUGAGGAUCCCCGCCUGCCGCACCUCGGUCGUCCCGCCGCAGCCUUGCGCCCCCGGCCCGGCUUGGCGGCGCUCCUCCGGGAUCCGCGUGGCUGCCGCGGCCCGGGCGCCGAUGCGGCUGGGCGGGUGCCGGGCCUUAGCAGCAGUAGCAGCCGCAGCUGCGGCUACCGCAGCUCCUACAGGAGUGGGAGGUUUCGCGGCGGCGCCUGGGGCCGCGCCGGUGCCCUCCGGAGGAGGCUUUCGGCUCAGGGACGACCCCCCUGGCCAUGCUGAAGCGGAGGCGGGCGCUGCUCGAGAGAUUCAUGAAUUACACACAUAACACUAUUCUCUGGAGUAGCUGUGAAGCUCUACGAGGCUGUGACGUUGGAGGCGCUUCUCCCUGCCUGUUAAGCUGCUCUCAUCACAUCACGACAGGAUGGACUUUAUUUUUCUCUUUUCAGUUAAAUCUUUACAACAGUUCGAAUGCUCUUUCCAGAAUGCAUCAGUUCAAAGGCUUUGUUGAUUUCAUCAAAAGACAGAUUGUGAGUCACAAAUUCAUCAACUUUUAUCUUUUUGGACAUAUAUUCAGACACCAACUUUGGGAUGCUUUCUACAUUCUUCCAUCCUCCAAAGGCAGUGCCUUUCUAUGUGUGACCUGUUACCAGCUGGAAUGGACGAGUGGCAGUUUCUUCACCUGAAGCAGCUACUCCAACCACCACGCUGAUGCCCCAGCCCUUGUGACACGCCUCAAGUGCUGCUCUCAUGACCUUCACAUUACCAAUACAUUCAAAGGAAUAGUCCAUAGAGUCGGGGUUUCACCGUGUUAGCCAGGAUGGUGUUGAUCUCCUGACCUCGUGAUCCACCUGCCUCGGCCUCCUGCAGUGCUGGGAUUACAGGCGUGAGCCACUGUGCCCGGCCUUGAUGACAUUUUUCUAAGUUGCUUUGAUUCUUUAUGAAUAAAAACCUUUUAGACAUUUUUCUUAUUUUCUCUUGAAUAUGUUUUUGUUUGUUAAUAUGUAAUAUUAACUGAAAUUGAAAACAAUAUUUCAGUGUGGUCUGGCACAUAGUAGGCGUCCAGGGAAUGUUGGUUGAAAUGAACCAUGCAGUUGAUCAGUAUAGCACAGAACAUGAUAAUCCCCACUCUCCUUAUUCUGGACAUUUCUAGUGUAGUUUGAGAUUGCAUUAGCCUGUUUACUGAUGAUUUUUUCUGUAACAGACAAUUCAGUAGUUUGGGUCUUUUUAUUUUAUUUUUUCAAAUAAAUUAACUUUUAUUUGAAAGGAGACUACUUUUCCCCACAUGUAUCUUCUAAGGAUUCUAUACUAUAUGAUAACCUGCUUAUCCAUAGUUCCAAUACCAAAAUUUCUAACAGCAAAUUAUAUAGUUGCUCUAGGUAAUAAAUAAGGGUUGUCCUUCACUGAUUAAGGGAAUACUUAAACUUCAAUAAAUUUAACAAAGAAAUCACACUUUAGUUUUUAACUUUUGACAGAUGUAUUUUAUUUUAUUUUUUUUUUGGAGACAGAGUCUUGCUCUAUCACCCAGGCUGGAGUGCAGUGGCACGAUCUCAGCUCACUGCAACCUCCGCCUCCCGGGUUCAAGCGAUUCUCCUGCCUCAGCCUCCUGAGUAGCUGGGACAGCAGGCACGCACUACCACGCCCAGCUAAUUUUUUGUAUUUUUAGUAGAGACAGGGUUUUGCCAUGUUGCCCAGGCUGGUCUUGAACUCUUCAGCUCAGGCAAUCUGCCUGCCUCAGCCUCCCAAAGUGCUAGGAUUACCGGUGUGAGCUACUGUGCCUAGCCAAAGUUUUAAGAGAUGUAUUUUAAAUACAUCUUUCAUAGGAGUCUGCAAGCUUUUUAUCUCUAAAAAAUGACUUAAUUUUUAGGGCUCAAAAAUUCCAUUCUUCAAAAGAAAUGUCCAGGUAUUUUCUUUUAUAGCUUCAAACUUUCUGCACCUAACUACUUGACUGUUCCAUGCCACCCCAAACAUGACAUGACUGAACUAAUUUAUGUGUUACUGUCUUCCUCAAAAGAAAGUUUAAAAAGGAGUUCUUCAUAAAUGCAGAUCUCUAAUACAAUAUCUAACACAAAAGAAGCUUUAAAAAGAUAAUUUCUUAUUUGAUUAGCUAGGAGUUUAUGUUAGUAAAAGCAAAAAAAAAAAAUUUACGGAGUAUAACACUAGGGUUGCUUUUAUA